AUGAACACCAAGGUUAUUCCUGAGCGAUUACAGGAAGUCAGGCCGCUCUCAUACACCGGAUUUGGUAUUGACAUUGUCGACGUUGGCGGCAAUGCAAUCGGACGUUCCGCUGACACCGACUUGAUUCCGGACGCCAACAUUCUUUGCACUCCGGCCAGAACAGAGAUUCCAUUGCAGAACCGUCCACCCAGAUCUCUGGACACGCUCUAUCUGCUUGACAGAUUUCUUCUGGGACGCUUUCCGCUAGGUGGUACGUUCCGCUCAGCUUCCAAGGUACGUAAGCCAGGCUCGACCGAGGACCUGCAAACCUUUGUCGCAUUUGUCAAGCGUCCUGAAUACAUCGGUCAUCCUUGGGAUUCUUUCUGGGUAUCCUGCUUUGACAACGACUACAGAUGGGACAACAAAAUCAUCGGAAAGAACUUGGCGGUACUGAGAAGCGUGCGAACCGUGUCCACUCACACGCGUCAAGGUGCCGGGAAGAUCGCUGAGACAUCUUACAUCCUUGGUCCUCCUGGAACUUCCGGUGCGGAGAAGAAAGAGGGGAAGGGAAAAGAAAAGAGGAAGAAGCGUGCUGCGUCUUCUGACGACGAGGCUGGGGGCUUGGAGAAACCAGUUUCGAGCAAGUCGAGGCCUCCUAGGUCCAAAUAUGCCCCUACCGAAGAGCCGGACAAGAAACGAGAGGCUAAGAAGAGAGGUAGUGGCAACUCGGCUGCGCCCUUAUCAGCUGACUUCUUAGACCCGCCUGCUAGUGGACGCAAAUCUCGAAAGCUUGUUAGGGAGGAAUAA